AUGUCCGACGGCAAGAAGAGUGUUCUGAUGGUUUGUCUCGGCAAUAUCUGUCGUUCUCCGAUCGCCGAAGCGGUCUUCAUCGACUGUCUAAAAAAGCGUGGAAUCGAGGGGGCGUGGCUUGUCGACAGUAGUGCAAUCAUCGGAUAUCAUACUGGAAAAGGACCGGAUAGUCGGGCGAUGGGAGCACUCCGAAAGUAUGGAAUCAACGAUUAUCAACAUAGGGCGAGAGUUACCACUCCGGAUGACAUCCGCCGUUUCGACUACAUCUUCGGAAUGGACGAUUCGAAUAUCGAAGAUCUUCGAGAAAUCGAACAAAAAGUGCCAAAAUCGGAGCGUCGUGCUGAAAUUCUGAUGUUGGGAAAACAGGAUCCUCGAGGGAAAUCAGAAGUACCCGAUCCGUAUUACGAAUCGGGAAGCGCGCAAUUCGAUGAGGUCCUUCAGCAGUGUGUCAAAUGUUGUGAAGCGUUUUUGGAUAAGAUUCUGAAAUAA